AUGGGCGAUUACGAGAAGGAGCAACGUAGGCUUUGGGCACUUUGGGAGGAAGUACAGAAUGAAGAUGAAGCGAUCGAUCGAGACGAUUCAGAAGAAGAAGAUGAAAUAGAUAAUGUAAGUGUUUGCAGCGACUAUCCCGAUUUGGAGCAAAAUCCUGAAGUUGUAGAAGAUCAAGGCGAUGAAACACAAGCCGAGGUCUUGGGCACACAUAGUUUCUUUCUUGGAAAAAACGGGAUGAAAUGGUUCAAAGAGUGCCCUAGUAGGAAUGUUCGAACUACGUAG